GCGGGCGGUGGACCGUCCGGCUGCCCCCGCCUCCUUCCGUCCGAGCCCUGCUCUCCCGCGGCUGCGCCGGCCCGGCCGCCCCGGAGACAAAGCAGCGCCGCCGCGGUCGCCGCCCCCGAGCGGGUCCCGGGCCAUGGCCGGGCCGCCCCCCGGCCCCGCUCCUCCCGUGCCGCCGCCGCCCUAGGCCGCGCCUCGAGCGCAUCUGAGGCUCGGAAAGGUGAGGUGGUUUCCUCAAGGCCCCCAUCCCACCCUGGAGGAGGCGAGAACUUGGCCCCUUCAGCUUCCUGCCGGCUGCCGGCCGUUGAAUCAGCGGACUCUGAACUUCUUGGAAAACAGCGGCUGUGAGCGCCAACUACAUGCCAAGCGCGGGAGUCCCCUGCCUCCUCAAGCAGGCAGAGAUGACGCAGAUGUGGAAACAGAGGCCCAGAGAGGCUUAAAGCUUGCCCAGGAUCACACAGCCCUAACACUGCAGAGCUGACACUUGAGUCCAGAGAAGAGCAAGUCGAGACCACAGCUGGGCAGAGGCCGGCGAGGAAGCCUUCCUUGACUGCCUAGGCAAGUGAGAUGAGGGAGCAAUCGCCCCCUCUGCCCUGGGUCAGGUUGCCUGGCUGGGCCCCCUGUGACCUGCCGCUCCCAGGAGAGCCACCACCCAUACCUCAUUCCUCCAAGGCCUGAGCAGGCGGCCAUGAAGCUCAACGAGCGCAGCCUGGCCUCGUACGCGACGAGCGGCGCGCCGGCCGACCGCGCGGGCUUCCUGUUCCAGCGCGCGGGCCGCGCCGCCGCCUACCUGCGCCGCUGGUUCGUGCUGCGCGGCAACAUGCUCUUCUACUUCGAGGACGCGGCCAGCCGCGAGCCGGCGGGCGUCGUCAUCCUGGAGGGCUGCACGGUGGAGCUGGUGGAGGCCGCCGAGGAGUUCGCCUUCGCCGUGCGCUUCGCGGGCGCCCGCGCGCGCGCCUACGAGCUGGCGGCCGAGAGCCAGGCGGCGCUGGAGGGCUGGGUGAAGGCGCUGUCGCGCGCCAGCUUCGACUACCUGCGCCUCGUCGUGCGCGAGCUCGAGCGCCAGCUGGCCGCCGUGCGCGGCCCCGCGCCCGCGCCCCCGGCCCGCGCGCUCCCGCCGCCCGCCCCGCCCGGCCCCGCGCCCCGGGAGAACGGCCGCGCCGCCUGGAGCACCGCGGCCCCCGCCGCGCCCGGCCGCGCCCCGCCGCCGCCCCGCCGCCGCGCCUCGGCCCCCAGCGCGCCCGCCGCCUUCGCGCGGCUGCACGAGAGCUACGGCCGCGAGGUGCGCGCCCUGCGGAGCCUCUGGCUGCGGGGCCGCGCCCAGCCCUGAGCGCGCCCCCGGAGACUGGGGGACGUGGGGGCCAGGCCGGCCUUGGGGGUCCCCGCGCGGCCUGGGUUCCGGGACUCCAGCUCUGAGAAGAUGCUGGAUGCUGAUGUGGCUGCGGAAGCCGGGCCUUGGCGGCCACGUGUCUGGUUCCAAGAACCCAGGGCCUGGAGGAGCCUCCAGAAGCCGAGGGCUGCUUUCCAGGGAAUCUGCCCAGGCUGGGCCCACCCACCCAGCAAAGGCCUGUUGCUGGCGACAAGCCCCGGCUGGGGUGGCUGGGUGCUGCUGAGGCUGUGUGGCCGCAAAGGCAGGUGCCCAGUGGGCCUGGGCCUCGCAGGGACAGGGGAGGGCUCCUCCACGGCGGCCUCCAGGCGCAGCAGGGCGGGUUUCCAGGCGUGUCCCGGGCCUGGAGUGGGGCAGGCGGGACUUUGCCCCGGGCUCUGGCAGCCCUGGAGGUGCUCAGGAGCCGCCCUCUGGCCCCGGGCCACGUCUGCCCUGGUGUGGCAGCCCUCGAGCUCGACACCACUGCAUCCUUCACUCCUCCUACCCGGUUUGCCUGCCGGGGGGUGGGGGUGGGGGUGCUGGGGGGGGCCCCUCUGGGAGCUGCCCCACCUCCUCCAGUCCCGGGCUGGGCAGCCUGGCCUGAGCUGACUUUCCAGCAGGUUCCGCUGGGGAGGAGGGGCCGAGAGCUGACUCGCUGCCCAGAAAGGGCUCAGGUACGGAUCCCGGAGGACAAGGACACGGCUGAGAAGCCAUGUUUGCCUUCCAGAACACUCUCCCUCCAUCCAGCCCCUCUCUGAGCUCGUGCCCUUGGUCCCCCUCCGGCAAUCCCGAUGGGGGACCGGAUCUCGACCGCUUCACUGUGCCCGCUCACCACGGUGGCCCUUCUCCGUCCAGGAGAGUCUCGGGGCUGGGACACCCUGGCCCUCACGCUGGGUCAUGUUUACAGUCCUCAGGGCCCCACACCGGGGCCCCCUGAGGACACCUCUGCCCCAACCUCUUUCCCCAGAGAGUCCCUCUCGGUGAGGGACAGACUCAGCCCCUUCCCGCUGCCUGGCGCCCGGCUCCGGGAGCAGGGGGCUGUCCGUGUGUCUGCCGGCACCAGCUGACUGCGGGCGCAGUUGACUGGGCUUCCUAACUUAAUUUUUAAUACUUUGGGUGGUUUUUUCCUAGCAACAACGCUUUGUGUUUUCAGUGCUUUUGUUUCUCGCUGGCUCUGGCCCUGGCUAGGGGUGGCACGGGGAUAGGUGGCACUGCCCCAAGGGGAGGGCCCAGAGCCUCGGCUGGAGACAAAGGCACCUGGCCAGUCUCACCUGGUUCUUGGCCUUCUCCCUGCCAGCCUGGCUCUCCGGCAGCUGCCUCUAGGUUUGUCCACUUCCUCUCCCCCUUUCCCGAGGCCUGAGAGGGGGGAGGGCCACUCUUGGCUGGGGGCUCUGGGUCUGGGGGUCCCGGCGCCGAGUCCUGGCCACACCCAGCUGGUGGGGUGAGGCGUUGGCCCAGGCCUGGUGCAGGUUUACAAGCUCUAAAGGUACAAUGCCCUGGUCUCCCUCGGGGGCUGGGUGGGGCUGCCCCCCCAAAGCACAAGAUGGGGUCAGGCUGCCUCUGGAGUUGGGUUGGGGGAGGAUAUCAGGCAGCCUGCCCGGGGGGUUGUAAAAGCUAAAAUAAAAUAAACCGAAGUUUGUCAAAUGA